UAAAUUAUUUCAUUCACACAUACAAUCUACACAACACAACACAGACGGAGGGCAUCCCGUCCCGAAAUCAGAGUAUAUUUAACAAAUUAACCACAAUGAUACCAUAUAGAAAAUUGAUUAUUAUAAUUAUAGCUUCGCUAGUCUAUCUGGUUGCAGAUUGUGCUAAAGUCAGUCGCAAGAAAUCCAUCGUCUGGGGCCCUGGUCUGAUAGCGGGAGCAACCUUACCGGCAAGAUAUUUCUACAUACAAGCCGUAGAUACCAAAGGACAGAAUUUGACAGAAUCUCCUGGGGAAAACACAUUUGGCAUCAAAAUCACAACAUCAGAGGGGCGUGCGAGGGUCUGGGUACAAGUGCUAGACAGGCAUGAUGGCUCAUUUAUAGUAAGAUACAGACUCUUUGCAAGCUACAAUGACCUGACUAUUGAAGUGCUGAAGGGAGAAAAACAGGUCGCACAAUCUCCAUACAAAUUUAAAGGUGGUGUGUACCAUGAAACUUGCUACUGCCCUGACAAGGAUGCAACAAAGUGGGAAGAAGCCCUUGAAUGCCCUCAAAACUAUUCCCAAAUUGAUAGAGAUUUAGCCAGAUUUCCUGAAAUCAACCUAAUAAGACUUGCUAAGGAAGCAGUGGACAGGUUUGGUGUGCACCAUGCCCUAUGCCAUUACUCCAUUAUCAAUAACAAGGUUUACAGGAAGUCACAUGGCGAACAUGUAGGAUUUUCCAUGUUUUCUGAUGCCAUCAUUCAUUCACUUGCCAGGAAGGUUCACCUUCCUGAUAUGGAGUUCUUUGUCAAUCUUGGUGACUGGCCCCUUGAGAAAAGGAAGGAUAACCCUAUUCCCAUCCUGUCCUGGUGUGGCUCCGAGGACACUGCUGACAUUGUCAUGCCAACGUAUGACUUGACAGAGGCGGCGCUAGAGACCAUGGGCAGAGUUUCGCUGGAUAUGCUCUCUGUACAAGCCAACACGGGGCCUAAGUGGAAAGACAAGAUCCCCAAGGCAUUCUGGCGGGGGCGGGACAGCAGAGAAGAGCGUUUGAACCUCGUCAUAAAUGGGCGCAAGAAACCCGAGCUGUACGACGUAGCGCUUACAAACUUCUUCUUCUUCCCGUACGACGAAAAAAAAUAUGGCCCCAAGAAACAACAUGUGUCCUUCUUUAAUUUUUUCAAGUAUAAGUACCAGCUAAAUAUAGACGGGACGGUGGCUGCGUACCGCUUCCCCUAUCUGAUGGGAGGAGACGCACUAGUUCUGAAGCAGGAUAGUCCGUACUACGAACACUUUUACAAGGAGCUCAAGCCAUGGGUCCACUAUGUUCCUUUUAAACGCGACCUGAGCGAUUUGGAGGAGAGACUAAAAUGGGCUAUAGCGAACGAUGACAAGGCGCAAAAGAUAGCCCGUCAAGCUCAAGAAUUUGCGCGGGAGAAUCUACAGUCAAAGGACGUGUUCUGCUAUCAUUGGACUUUAUUUAAGGAAUAUGCCAAGAGACAAACAACUAAGCCUGUGAAACAUAAAGGAAUGGAGUACAUCAAACAACCAGAUGACCGUGACUCAAAGUGCAACUGUCGACGAGUUAAACAUGGUAAAGAUGAACUUUGAGAUGUAAAAUUGAAGAGAAUGUUCCACACACAGUUCUACUGAAAUUUAAUUGCAAUGCACGGACAGAAAUAACAAUAAUGCCAAAUAAGUUAAAAAAAGGUAUAAGAUGGCACAUAAAAUUGGCAAAAAAGAAGUUUCUGUGUUUGUGUGAAGCCACAGUUUCCCUUGCCAUGAUAUUUAAACAGAAAAUUUAAAGAGAGAUGAUGUUUUGUAAAAGGGUUUUUAGGUAAAUUAUGAUAUUAAAAUUGUUUUUGAGAUA